AUGGCCAAGGGACCAGGCCAGCGGGGCCGACUUGGACUGCUUGGAACUGCUCGGGCAGAUCUGCGUUUUCAUGAGAUCCAGAGGUGCUAUGAGAGCAGAAGCCACCAACAAGCCAAGAGAAGAGGCCUCAGAGGGAAACCCAUCUUGCCAGUUCCUUGUUCUUGGACUUCCAGCCUCCAGAAUGCCUGUGGGCAGCCUCACGUGUCAAGUCUCAUCGUGGGGGACCGGGACACCCAGGACGGAGAGUGGCCGAGGCAGGCGAGCAUCCAGCACCGCGGGGCACGUGUGUGUGUGGGCUCGCUCGUCGCCCCCCAGUGGGUGCUGACGGCAGCACACUGCUUCCUGAGGGCGCUGCCAUCUGAGUACCCCGUGCGCCUCGGGGCACUGCACCUGUGUCCUGCCUCGCCCCACGUUCUCUUGGUGCCCGUGCAGAGGGUGCUGCUGCCCCCGGACUACUCAGAGGACGGGACCCGAGGAGACCUGGCGUUGCUGCAGCUUCGCCGCCUAGUGCCCUUGAGCACAUGAGUCCAGCCCAUCUGCCUGCCUGAGCCUGGGCGUUGCCCACCACCAGGCACACCAUGCUGGGUCACUGGCUAGGGCAGCCUCCACUCAGGAGUGCCACUCCCAGAGUGGCGACCUCUGCAGGGAGUACGGGUGCCACUGCUGGGUACUCACACCUGUGACCUCCUCUACCACAUGGGCACCAACGUUCCUCGUGCCAAGCACAUAGUGCUGCCAGGGAACCUGUGCACCGGCUAUGUCGAGGGCCAGAAGGAUGCCUGCCAGCGUGACUCUGGAGGACCCCUGACCUGUAUGAGGUCUGGGCGCUGGGUCCUAGUGGGUGUGGUGAGCUGGGGCAAGGGCUGUGCCCUGCCCAACCGUCCAGAUGUCUAUACCAAUAUGGCUACUUACAGCCCUUGGAUUCAGGCUCGCCUCAGCCUCUGA